CCUGAGGAUUGUACUAUAUAUUAUAGGCUGGGAGCGUGGUUAACAAGUCUAAGUAAAAAGGAGGAAGAAAUAUAGAUACAGUGAUUUUGUAGUGACAAAGAUUUAGAGACCCCACAACUGUGAAGGUGCUCCAAGCUGAAGGUUAUUAAGAGUCAUCUCCAGGAUGUAUACAUCUGGGCCGAAAGGAAAGAAGGCUAAGGGCAAGAAGGUGGCACCUGCCCCUGCUGUAGUCAAGAAGCAGGAGGCCAAGAAGGUUGUAAAUCCUCUCUUUGAGAAGAGGCCCAAGAACUUUGGCAUUGGACAGGAUAUCCAGCCCAAGCGUGAUCUGACACGUUUUGUGAAAUGGCCCCGCUACAUCAGACUCCAGCGGCAGAGAUCCAUUCUUUACAAACGUUUGAAGGUGCCCCCUGCAAUUAAUCAGUUCACCCAGGCUUUGGACCGCCAAACAGCUACUCAACUUCUGAAACUGGCUCACAAAUACAGACCUGAGACCAAGCAAGAGAAGAAACAGAGGCUGCUGGCUCGUGCUGAGCAGAAAGCUGCAGGAAAGGGGGAUGCUCCUACUAAGAGACCACCUGUCCUCAGAGCUGGUGUCAACACGGUCACUACCCUAGUAGAGAACAAGAAAGCUCAGCUGGUAGUGAUUGCCCAUGAUGUGGAUCCCAUUGAGUUGGUGGUCUUCCUGCCUGCCUUGUGCCGCAAAAUGGGAGUUCCGUACUGUAUCAUCAAGGGCAAGGCCAGAUUGGGGCGGCUGGUCCACAGAAAGACCUGCACCAGUGUUGCCUUCACACAAGUUAACCCUGAGGAUAAAGGAGCCCUAGCCAAGUUGGUAGAGGCAGUCAAGACCAACUACAACGACAGAUAUGAUGAGAUCCGUCGUCACUGGGGUGGUAAUGUCUUGGGGCCAAAAUCAGUGGCUCGCAUUGCCAAGCUUGAGAAAGCCAAGGCUAAAGAACUAGCCACCAAGCUGGGCUAAAUGUACUGGACUUAGAUUUUUCUGUACAUAAAAAAAAUAAAAUCUAAAACAGUGUUUCA